AUGCAACAAGCUCACAGAAGCCUUGUCGACAAAUCAUUGCAGUAUGAGAGAAGCUACAACGAACUCGCCGCAGACUCUCAGCAGCGGGCCGCUCAGAUGAGACACCAGGAGAACAGACUGAAUCGUGUGCUAGAGCAGCGAGAUCACCUUCGGGCUGAGACCAGCAAAAUGCGGGCUGAGCUUGAAAGUUCUAGGAUCAAACAUUCCGAAUUACAGGAGCAUGUAAUCAGAGCUGAGGCCGAAAUCGAAAAGGAGGCGGGCCGAAAUCGAAAACAUCGUGAAGAGGCCAGCAAACAAACAGAGCUCGAGCUGAUGGCUCUGAAGGAGGAACAGAAAGUGACCAUCGACGGGCUGAAGGCGCAGCUAGAAGCGAAGCGAGACGCGUACGAGAACGAGAAGAGGGCCUUGAAGGACUUGCAGGUCGACUUUACAACGCUCAAAGAACAUUUGUCCGGGGCAGAAGCGAAGGCCAAAGGCUUGGACAACCAGCUGACCGAGAUCAAGCAGAGCAACGACCGCUUUCAGAAAAUUGAAGCAAUUAUGGCCAAGAUCUUCACCGGUAUUGAGAACUUGGCUGAGAAGUCCGACAAGGCCGACGUGGUGCCACCUCAGACCGUGAAAAAGCUUGAUGAAAUAGCGGGAUUUGCGCAGCGCGCGUCACGAGAGGACAACGAUGGGACCAGAAAGGUCCUAGAUGCCUUCCAAGAACAGCUGACAUCCAAGAUUGGUGAAAAGAUAGUUCAUAUGACGAAGGGGCAAGAUAUCAUGCAGGGCAAAAUGCAAAGCUUGGAGGAAUGCUUGAAGAGUCAGUCGAGCCUUGCCGAGGCCGAACAAAAGAGACAACAGGAACAACAGCAGCAGCAAAUCACCGAGAAGAGCGCCGAGAACGCGAGGCUUGCACAGAAUCUCGAUACCAAGGACAAACAGGUUACCGAGCUGACGAAGGCUGUCUCCGAGAUGGGCCAGAGGCUGCAGAGAUUUGAAGAGGCUCUGGACUCAGUCGCGCAAGGAGCUGCCUCGGAAACAGAACUUCAGGCAGCCCAGCAGAGUCUGAACACCAGCGAGACUCGAGUCAAUCAACUGAGAGCAGAACUCCAAUCCCAGCGCGCGACCUACGAGUCUGAGAAGACGGACCUUGAGAAGCAGCUGGAAAAGGCCAAGGACGAUUUGAAAAAGACCGAAGACCUUCUCAAGAGCUCAGCGGAGAAGACGGCUUCUGUAGAGCGCGAAUUCAAUGCAGCAUCGGACGAAAAGCAACGCAAGUUGGAGGAGACGGUGAAAAAGGAACAACAAGCUCACCAGGAGCUGAAGCAAAAGCAUGACGAGCUGUUCGCCGAACAGGCUCGUCUCCAGGCGGAAAGCGCAGAGACCUCCAAGCGUGAAAAGGAAAAGUUUGAAAAGGCUGAAAAGGACCUCAAAGUUGCCGAACAGAGGAUCACCAACCUUACCAUGAAGAUCCGCGAGACCCAAACAACAUCAACUACUGCGAACCCGGGCGACCUUACACCCCAACAAUUGGAAGAUCAGCUAAAGGUGGUCAGAGAGUGCCACAGACUGAUGGAAGACAUGCAAGCCGGCGGGAAGGAUCUCUCCAGAGGAAAGUUUGGUGCCCCUGAACCUAGCAACAGUCUGCGCGAUGAUAAGCAACACAGUCAUGCUUCGAGUGAGCAGCAGCACUCUGGGGCCUCAGGCAAUGCAGACGCCGGCAAUAAUAACGAGGAACCCGAGCUUCCCGAGGUGCCAUGCACAGAUCCAAUUAACUGGAAGGACAUUCUCGAAAUCAGCUCAAGCUCGUCGGAUGGUAUUUUGGAGGAAGACAGCCAGCAAAAGAGUGGAAAAACCUUGGAGGAGGACCUCCAACGAAAGAGGAUAUUGAUGAAGAGUCCCGUUGAGGCAGCAGACACCGAAUUAGCGGCGCCUUCGGUUUCCCAAGAAAGAGCGCAGCGACACAACUCAACAAGCCAGGGGUCUCAACCUAGAAGCAUUCUUCGACCAGGCUCGAGCUAUACGCCAACGGCAGCAUCUACAGAUACUGCUGAGUCGGCCCGGGAACGUGCUCUCUCUACUCACUCUGGCCACACUGAGUAUAACCGGCCAGUCGGAAGUCGAGAUACCAUCUCAUACGCCCAGUUCAGUUCCUUUAGUAGCCGCAAGCUGCCGAGACCGCAGCUUCUUGAUUUCCGGAUAGAGCAUAAAGGCAACAAGCGAGUUCGAACCGAGCCGCCACAGGACCGACAAAUCAAGAAAAUCAAGCACGUCAGUGACCCCAGGGAUCGCGAUGACGUUUUCACUGAUCGCUUGGAGAACGCCGGACAGCCUACUGGAAGCUUAGCUUUGGAGCGAAGCACCAGGGCCAGCACUGAAGCCCUGUCGAACGAGUCGCAGGACAAUUAUUCCAUGUCGCGCCAUUUCCAAAAGGGCACAUCGGCGAAGAAUGACCAUCAACCGCAGUCAAGACCACCACUUGCGGACAAGACUCCUCAGUCGUCCCAAAACGGCCCGUCUUCAACUGGACGUCGCAACAUUACCCGAACUUAUUCCAAACUUCCUGUCAAGACUUAG